AUGGAUGCUGUAUUGGGCGCGCGGCUUGGCAUCUCUUCCAUCACAGCUGCAGCCAUUGGAUUGUUCUGCAGCGAUUCAUGCGGGGUCCUGUUUGGUGGGACCAUCGAAUCGUUCGCCGGAAGGCUUGGACUGCCCACUGCGAAUUUAACGUCCGAGCAGCUGGAGAUGCCGGAGACCAAACGCGUGGCAACUUUGGGCCGCCUUGUUGGUGUCCAGCUUGGUGUACUCCUUGGCAGCACGACUCUACUGCUGCAAGGUGGUGGGGACGCUGACAAGAAUUCAGCUCAAGAGACGGUUUGCCCAGCUGACCUCCCCUCGCAUUUAGCAGCUACAACUGCCAUUACGACGGCGGCCGACGUUGUCGUGUUUUCCAAACCUGGCUGUCCGUUUUGUGAAAAGGCGGAAAACAUGUUGCUCGCCAGCGGAGUAGCUUUUCGCAAGGUACCACAUGACUUGCACCAGAAGAAUUUACAAGAGUUGACUUCUUCGACGGCUGCACCUUCCAUCUGGAUGCAUGGAAAGUAUGUCGGCAACAAGUAUAUUGACGGAGGCCACCGACAGCCAUCUCAUGAUCUUGCUGUUCACCGACGUGAGAGCUGA